AUGACACAACUCCAAUACCUCCCCGAACUGCUCCUAGCCGUCUUGUUCAGCAUCCAAGCCUCAUUCACCCAUCCCGGCGUUUUAUCCCCAGACAAAGAAAAACUCGGCGACGAUGAACUCCGCGCCAUAGUCAAACGCACACAGACCAGUUCGGAAGCAAGAGAGGUACUAGCCUUUAAUGCACGGGUAUGGACUGCUAUGACCGAGACGCUACGGAGUGGGAAUGAUGAAUUGGGUGGUUGCGAACACCAUUUUGAUGGUACUGGGGCGGUAGUUGGGAAUAAUGGAAGUGGUAUACCUGGUGGUGGUGGUGGUGUUGGGGGUGGUAUGACUGGGAAUAGUGCAGGUGGGAAUGUAGGAGGAGCUGUGGCGGGGAAGAGGGUUAAUGGGGUCGGGGAGCAGACGUGUACGUGUAAGGAUAGGAGGGAUAAGAUGUAUCUGCUGCCGAAGGUGUGGGAGUUGGUUAUUCUUGGGAGGAACCUAUUGGCGACGAAGGAGAGGGGACAGGAUUUGGCGGCGGAAAGUAAAUUUGAGGAGGAGGUUAGACGGUUAUGUGAAAUUUGUGUGAAGCAUGCGGAGAAGGAGAGUUAUCACAAGGUACUUAUUACGUGUCUGCAGUUUCUGAAUAACCUCAUCUCCGGGAACGAAAAACGCAAGAUGUCGCUGUGGAUGCACUUAUUCGUCCCAGGCUCCACCCGUCUCCUCGAAGCCGCUAAACGAAAAGCCGUAAAACAAUACCAAAAGGACGCCGCACCAUCCUCAUCCUCAUCCUCGAAAUCUUCAUCCGAUCCAAUCAAAGAGCUACAUCUCCAAGAAGCACUAAGGUCUCCGCCUCCCUCACCAAACCCCAAUGGAUCAACUAGUAGUGGAAGCGGAGGGCAAGCAGCAAAACUAAGUUUUGUUACAAUGUUACCAACUAUUUUAAACGCCAAGGAGAUGUUGCCGCUGUUACUCAUUAUUCACGGUAGUAUUACGGAUAUUGAUGGGACAGACCCCGCAAGACAGUUGAUGAGGUGUAAGAUGAUGUUGGCGGCCGAGGCAGGGAUAGGGCUUAUGGCUGGACUACUGAUGUUUGUGGAUGCAUGGCACGAGAUUGAUGAUCAUAUAUACUUCGAACUGAUCUUGGAAAUAAUGGAGACAAUCCUCCACAACGGUCUGAUAACCUACCUGUUCGAAACACUGAAAGAAUACGUCGACUGUCGAAAUUACCAAUUCGAGGGUAUACACGCCAUUACACCACCACAAGCGGUCAUAUUGAGGUUAUUGCACACUAUAUACGCCCCGGCUGCUUUACCGACUAUCUCCGACCCAGGUGUGUUUAUAAAUUACGACGGAAAACUCGAGGAGUCCGCUGGGAAGGAUUGGGCUAGUCCUCCUCCUCCACCUCCACCUGAAAUAGGGGAUGAAGAGCAGGUGCCAAAUGUAGUGGAGGAUGAAAGUGAGAUGGACGAAUUCACAGCUGAGUUUACAGCUGCUUUAAGAUCAGAUCUUGGGCCACCAAGGAUUGACGAUAUUCAUACAGCUACUGAAGAAACUACCGGUCAUAAUGGUGGUAACACGGGUCCGGAAAAUGACGAUGCAGCAACAGAAGUCGAUAUCGACCAUUCCGAAGCCACACCGGAGAUUGUCAACUUCCUCGCCGUUAAAGUAUUCAAAGGACAACUGGGACCGGCGGUUAGAGAUAUGGUUACAAAGAUCGGGAAAGCGAUGGGAUAUUCUGCUACUGCUUCGCCUAAUAACCCGAAUAACCCCGGGAAGAAUAAAGGAGGGGGAGGGAAUGAGAGGGUGUUGGAGAUAACGGAGAUACCGACAGAAGAUGGAAGAAGUAUUACUAGUGUCGCGGGGAUAACGAUAUAUGAUGUGGAAUUACAUUAUGAAGGGUUGAUACAAUUACUUGAACUGUUGAUGUUAUUUGCCGAACAAGGGGUGGGGAGGGUAUACCUCCGAGAAACAAAAUGCGUGGAGGAGAUCGUAGAGGUACUCAAGUGUUUUGUGGAGUAUGUACCUCGGACAGGUGGGAAAGAAAAAGAGAAGGAGAAAGAGAAAGAUAAGAGGAGGAGGAAUGGUGGGUAUGUGGAGGGUGAGCUUGGGGAUGAAGAGGAUGAGGAUGAUGAUGGGGUUGGGAUGGAGUGUAAUGAUCCGGUGGAGUUUAGAUGGCCGUUGAUUAAACGGACGCUUGUGCAGUUGGUUAGUUUGUUGGUUUAUAGGAGUAAGGCUACGCAAGAUGAGGUUAGGAAGGCUGGGGGUGUGGUGGCAGUACUGGGGUGUUUUGGGAUUGAUGAGGAGAAUCCAUAUAUUCAACAACAUGCGACGCUGUGUAUUAAGAAUUUAAUGGAAGGAAAUACAGAGAAUCAAAAGAUUUUGAGAGAAUUGGAGGCGAGGGAGGUUGUUAAUGGUGAAACGUUGGAGGCGGCGGGGUUGGAGGCUUAUGUUGACAAGAGUGGGAAGGUCAAAGUUGGACCUGCGCCGGGCAGCAAUAACGCUGCUGGCGGGAACGGAGGGAAGAAGAAGAAGAAAGGGAAGAAGUGA